AUGGCUGACAACAGCAGCAACAAUAAUAAAACGGCCAAUUCCGAUGCCAAAAAGAGCCACAAAAAGGGCGGUGGAAGAGGUCGCGGUGGAAGAGGUGGCCGUGGUGGAGGGAGAGGAAGGGGGCGCAACACCAACAAUGCUGCAGAAGCCAAACGAGACGAUAAAGUGAUUGAUCCCCACGAAUGGCUGCAAUCGGCACUGGAAAGUCUGGGACACUUUGAUCCUGCAUCGGCACUCACGGCUCUGGAUGUACCGGCCGCCAAUGAGCAAAAGGAGGAACCACUCCAGAAUCUCACGCUUUGGUUGGAAGAUCGAAUCAUUCGAAGUUGGAAGUUGGAGGAACGGGAAAAGCUACGCAAGGAUUAUUGGAGUCAUAUCAAUACCUACUUGGAUGCCUUGGAGUGCCCCAAGGCGUUUUGGUCCGUUGCCAAUGAUGAUACUGCAAACACAGACAACAACAAAAACAACAAUAAUACACAGUGGAGACAUUCAGCUCCACACAGGGCUCGAAUCAUUCAUUGGUUGAUUGCCUGUGCCACUUCCGAGGCUUUUGGAGAUUGUGAAGCAGCACAAACAACUACUACUACUAAACAAAAAGAACAAUCAGCAUCCGACGAAGCUUCUAAUCCUGUUGCUGCCCAAGAACCAAUUCAUAACAACGAUAUUCAAAAAGAGGAAACAGAACCAUCUAGUCAACCAACAACAUCAACAACAGAUUCUACUGUUUCCAAACAACAACAACAACAACAACAACAACAACAACAACAACAAUCCUCCUUACUGACUCCAGACUCCUUUCCAUUGGGUUUCUCCACCGGAGAUGAUGCAGUCGAUCAAGUAUUACAAGUGUUACGAAUGAAUCUCAUUCUACAGCUAGAACAAGACCAGAAACAAGUCAAUGCCUUGAUUGCACAACUGCAAGCCAUCACCGUCAGCAAGGCCAAACCAUUGAAAGAAGGAACCAAAAAGAGAGUGCACAAUGCCAAUAACAAUUCGCCUAAUUCUAAACAAGGGAGAGGUGGACGUGGUGGCAGGGGUGGACGAGGAGGGCGGGGAGGAAGAGGAGGAGGAAAGAAACGGUGA